UAAAAAGUUAAAAAAUGUACGAAAAAUCUGGGCAGUUUCGAUGGCCCAUCGUAAUAUUUAAAUGACAUGCGGACCGGAUAUGAUUUCCGGUACUUCAGUGAACUGAGGCAGACGGAUUCAACUGUUCACUUUUAUCAAUGAUUUCCAAUUGUCUGGUUGCAACAUAUGAAUUAAUGUAAAGGUGUAAUCAUCUUCGUUUCAAGUUUCUUCUAUGGACAUCAUCUGGCCAUCUUUAAAUGUUUAGAGUUCACAAACUUGUCUUACAGAUAUAGAAAUAAAAACAAGGUAAUUGAAAGGAAUGUAGGACAUGAUAUUGGAUAGAAUUCAGACUGUUUGAGUUUUUCAUUAAGUUAAUAAAUCAUAUUUACGUGUUUGUAACACAGACAAAAUGUUAUAUGUAUAUCCUAACAUAUGUAUAAAACAAAUAUAAAAAUGUAGUAGGCUGCCAUAAACAUUAAAAUAAGGAAUGGGACUAUCACUAUGGCCAAAGAUUACAAGUGUGCCAUAUGUGGGAAAUGUCGGUUAAAACAUAAAAGACCGAUCAUAAAUCCAGUUUUGAGAAAAUAUGCUUCAAAAAUAACUGGACGCUCUAUUGUAGAAAAUGAAGUUAUUUGUUCAAAAUGCAGAUCAACUUUCAAACGAUCAAUCAAAGCCUCUACAUGUACCACCCAAACGUCUACUAGUUUUGAGGAAACUGACGAAAGUGAUGAUGACUAUGUUAAUGACCCAAACUCUUGUAAGAAUGACAUUCUGAGUCCAAAAAAUAUCCACCUAAAAAUCUGUUCAACACAUUCUUCCCACAAAUAUUGCAUUGUAUGUAAAAGAAAAAGCAGCAACAGGGUGAAGCUUUGUGUUGUGCCAUUGGAAGCAAGGACACAAGCUUUCAUUCACAAAGGCAUUUUUAUUGACUCGAAAGCCAGAUGUUGUUCAUCCCACUUACAGAAUCAUAAUUUAACACAAGAAUCGUUAUUCCAAAUUCAGGCAAAAUAUGACCGGUCAUACUUUAACCGGACAGAUAUUGUGACAAUCUUACAAAAUGUAAGAGCUACGUUAUUGAAACAAACCACAAGGCUUAAUUUCGACAAAACGUCUUCUCUUUCUAAUGAGGACUAUUAUAAUAUGACAGGAGUAUCCAAAGAACAGUUUACUGAUAUCGCAUCUAGAUUGUCAUCUUUACGAAACUCUUCCGUCCGAUCUGUUGAAGCAUGCUUAGGAAUUUUACUAGUUAAACUCAGAACCGGACUUCCAAAUACUAUCCUUUCUACACUAUUCUGUUUAACUAAAAACCAAAUUCAACGUUCUGUUCAUUCUGCCAAAAAUGCUAUGAUGGCCGAUUACGUUCCAGACCAUUUGGGGUUCCAACAUAUUGACCAUGAAACUUUUGUCAACAGUCAUAACACGCCAUUAGCUAAUAACUUAUUUUCAAAUAAUGAAAACAGUGCUAUUUUGGUUUUAGACGGAACAUAUAUUUAUAUUCAAAAAAGUUCAAAUUAUAAGUUUCAAAGAGUAUGCUAUAGCAUGCACAAACAUCGGCCACUGGUGAAAAUGAUGGUCAUAGUUGCCUCCGAUGGUUACAUUCUAAAUGUUUUAGGACCGUACCGUUCUGACGGUAAAAACAAUGAUGCGUCUAUAACAAAACACAUCUUACGGAAAAACGAGGAAGACAUUAAACACUGGGUUCAGGAGAACGAUGUGGCAAUUGUGGAUAGAGGGUUUAGAGAUAAAAUAGAGUUCCUUGCAAAACAUGGGCUUCAUGUUGAAAUGCCAACAUAUCUAAAAAAGGGACAGUCCCAACAUACAACAGAAGAGGCAAACUUAUCUCGUCUUGUAACCAAAGUAAGGUGGGUGGUAGAGAGUGCAAAUGGCAGAAUUAAGCACUGGAGACUUCUGGAUAAGGUAUUGCACAAUCACUACAUAACAUCGAUUGGUGAUUUUGUGAGAAUAGUGUGUGCUAUUUGCAAUGACUGUAGACCCUCAUUGUCAAAACUCAAUCCAGACGGCAUACAAUUGGCACAACAGAUGUUAGAGAAAUCCAGACAGAACAACAACAUCAAGACAAUGGUAGAGGAGGAAAAUCUGAUGCGUAAAAGGACUGUCUACCAGACAGUCAACUCAUUUGACCUCACAGAUUUUCCUGUCCUAACACUGGAUGAUUUACGGGAGUUGACAAUGGGAAUCUAUCAAAUAAAGCAGGCACCUCUUUAUACGAGAGAACAUUUAGCUGAGGAAUCCGGUCUAUACGAGCUGCAUCUAGUAAGGGACAAACCGAAUCUUAUUCGUUGCAAAAUCCAGUCGAGGCACACAAAUUCAGCCGUACAUACCCUCUGGAUUGAAUAUAAUCCAGAUACAGUAACAGGGUGGUAUUGUACGUGCAAAGCUGGCGCAAGGACUGUUGGCUGUUGUGCACACAUUGCCAGUGUAAUUUGGUUCUUAGGGUAUCAACGGUACUCUCUAAUUAAGUCUGGCCCAUCUGGAGGCUUCUUAUCUUCUGUCAUGGAUGCAAGUGAUAUGCCAUUAACUGAUAGCGACAGCGACAGUGAUACCAAUGAAAAUGUUGAGGAAUAA